UCAGCUUCUUCUUCAUCUUGAAGAAUUUGCUGCUUUACUUCCUUGUUGUUUUCGAAACGUGUUUUUAACCGUAUUAAUUAUGACGGUAGUAAAGUCGCUAUAACUCGACAUUUCCCCAGAGAGCUGAAGGAGCUCGAUGAAAAACAAGUCCCUGGAAAGCAAUGACAGAAGUGAAUGGAGGAGCCGCAGUGGUCAGAGAAGAAAGUUUCCCACCGAGGCCCCCCAUGGAGGGUGGUGGGGGUAAACGCCGCUGGGGGCUAGUGGUAACGGGCGUGGUGGGCGGGUCUCUGGUGGCGCUGUACGCCGUGGCCGUGCCCUUUGUGACACCUGCCUUGCGGAGGGUGUGUCUGCCGUUCGUGCCCGCCACUCCGGCGCAGGUCCGCAACGUGCUACGGGCUGUGCGGCCGAGCAGCGGGACGCUGGUGGACAUCGGCAGCGGGGAUGGCAGGAUAGUAAUAGCAGCCGCCAAGCAAGGCUUCCGUGCGGUCGGCAUUGAGCUGAACCCUUGGCUGGUGUGGUAUUCCAGAUACAGAGCUUGGAGGGAGGGGGUUCAUCACAGCACCACCUUCUACAGAUCGGAUUUAUGGAAGGUAAAUUUUUCUCAGUACACCAAUGUUGUGAUAUUUGGAGUCCCUCAGAUGAUGGCGCAGCUGGAGGAGAAGCUUCAGGGAGAGCUAUCAAGUGGCGCCAAGGUGGUGGCCUGCCGCUUCCCCUUCCCAACACGACGGCCCGAUGCUGUGACUGGCGAGGGGAUCGACACGGUGUGGGUGUAUCACGCCAGGUCCUUCGGUGCGCCACGGACGGACACAGAGCCAGCUGCGUUGGCAGACUUGUCGAGUCCCGAAGCAGCAGAGAGAGUCCCGCAGAAAACUGCUUAACGCUCUUUGUCCACUUCUGCUCCAGCACAUCCUUUGAACGACCUCCGAGAUUUUAUUAUCCUGACUUGUGUCACAGUAAUACUCAAAUACAUGAAAGGUAGAUGUGAUCCUGCUGGAUGUCAACAUAUUUCAUAGGACACAGACCUUUUGUCCUAAAACUAUGGUUCACUGUAGAGCCUGUGUUUGGCUUUGCCACUCUCUCAUGUCCAUUGUCCACAGUGACAAAAACGCCCUUAACUGUUGACCGUCAUUUCUGAUGCGUCUGUUCACGCAAAGGUUCGUUUUUCAAGACAGACUGGAGUCCCAAGCUGCCGAGCAGACAAUCAGCCGCAGUCGUUUUGGGUCACCUUCCACAACUCUCUCUCCAUGUAUGUUUAAUUUAGGAAGUGCCCCUCUGCUGCUCAGCAGGAGUAAAAGUAAUAUAUAAAAUUGCCAGUGUCAUUUGUGACUGUCAAUUCUGGUCUGCGGGUUGCUGACACUGAAGGAAAACUGAGGCGUUCAAGUAAAACGUAUAUGUAUUGAGGGGGAAAAGGGGUUUUGCUCUGCGAGCUCACCGGUCUUUGUGGGGAGGUGGCGGUUUGCGAUAAAUAAAUGGCCCUUUAAUAGCCCACAUAGCAGGAGGCGAUGAUUAAUUUGGUGAUCAGAAAGGCAGUUCAAAGAGAGAAGG